CAACGCUCGUGAUCUUUCACGGAUCUUACUCAUACCCAUUUCACCAUGUCCCUUUCCCCGCAAGAGGUGCGACAACUUCUCGAAACACUGCCGAAUCAAUAUCGAGGCCCAGCCGGUGCAGUUGCAGUUUUGCAAGAUGGCGAAGUCAUCGGCCAGCACGUCUGGGGAUACGCUGAUCUUGAGCGUAGAAUUCCCUUGUCGGCCGACACACCGAUGCCUAUCUGUUCAAUUUCCAAGCAAAUGUUCUGCACUCUUAUGUUAGACCUGGAGCGCAAUCCAACUGACUCCAUGGCAAACAAGGGCCCUGUUCUGGAACAGAUGUCAAACAUGCUGCCGCAGAUUCUUCCCAGCGAAAUCCUGCAAGACACGGAAUUGACAAUAGAUCAUUUGUGCGACAUGCAAUCAGGAAUCCGCGACUACUGGGCCCUGUGCAUGCUUUGUGGGGCCCAAGUAGACAGCAAAUUCUCAAUCAUUGAGGACGGCACGCCUAUGCUGCGUAAGCUGAAGUCGUUGCACUUCGAGCCAGGCACUGAAUUUUCCUACUGCAACACAAAUUUCUACAUUCUAGGACGACUCAUUGAGGCCGUUAGCAAGGAGCCGCUCGCUAACCUACUUUCUGAGCGGAUCUUCCAGCCGGCAGGCAUGAAAACGGCAAAGCUGUGUCCCGACACGGCCAAACAACCCGGACCGUGUAUUGGAUAUGAAGGUGAUACGCAAGGCGGAUUCUUUCGGGCACAUAAUGCCAUCGAGUGGUCAGGAGACGCGGGUGUGGUAUGUUCACUCAAAGACAUGAUUGCGUAUGAGCGAUUUUUUCAUUCCCGCUGGACGGACCCUCAAAGUGGUUAUCGGGCAGCGGCUGAGGCGCGGUCUUACAAGGAUGGAAGACGAUCCAGCUACAGGUACGGCUUAGAGCAAGGCGUCACGCGAGGUGUAGCAACUGUUGGCCACAGCGGAGCGCUCCGUGGAUAUCGACUAUGUCGCGUAUACGCACCUAAGGAGUGUCUCUCCGUCGUUGUCAUGUUCAACCAUGAAUCAGACGCGUCCAACGCAGCUUUCUACACACUUUUGACGCUUUUGAAUAGGCCAAAACCCACUAUCCCCUCCGCCGAACCCGUUUCAGAAUGGUUCGGCAGCUUUCUUGACCAGUCCACUCAGUUGGCCAUCAGAGUAUCCUCCUAUGGUAAAGGCAAAAUCUCCGUCACGUAUGCUGGCUACCCUGAGACACUGACCCUAACUGAUGAGAGGAACGCCCGGUCUGAGAGCAUGAUAGCUAGGAUACAAGAGGACUCUUUGCACAUUCAUUGUCUGGGAGAUAACCGAGUCCUUAACGCCUUUCGGAUUAGUACGAUUGAUGCUUUGCCCUAUGACGAAUCCUUGAAGGGCAGCUUCUACUGCGAAGAACUGGAGUCCACUUUCCACUGCGAGGGUCAGACUGGUCUGCUGUACGGAGCUUUCGACGGGUACCUUGGUCGAGGCCCGGCGAACAUAAUGAAGCAUUUGGGCAAUGACGUGUGGGCUCUUGCAUGUGCACGUGGCGUUGACGCCCCUGCUCCCGGCGAUUGGACGCUCGUGUUCAAGCGCGAUGAGAACGGGGCGGCGAUCAGCGUCAUAAUCGGUUGUUGGUUAGCCCGAAGACUUGAGUAUCAAAGAAUGUAGAACGCUGCCAUUCUUCGCCGGCCAUCUAUCUAGAACCUUUUGAUCCAUGUUCAGGGUAAGUCACGAUGAUAGUUCGGGCGUUUAAAUCCAUCAGUUGCAUUCUCUUUGCAUCU